GGAAGUGCACUGGACAUCACCUAGACUAUACAAGGCAGUAUAUUUUGACAUACACUGAGCUGAGAUCAGGAAAAUUGUGGACAAAUAAAAAUAUAUUCUAGUGUUUGUUAGGAAUAGGAGAGUUGCACCCUUGCAAGAGAAGUGGAAUUUUGCUAAAUCUUUUUACCAGCUAAGGAUGGGCAAAACAAAAGACUCUGAGGUGGAGGAGAGACCCAAAUGGGACAACAAAUUUCAGUACCUGCUAACAUGUAUCGGCUUUGCAGUGGGACUUGGAAACAUCUGGCGUUUUCCGUACCUGUGCCAAAUCUAUGGAGGAGGUGCAUUCCUCAUCCCCUACCUGAUAGCGCUGGUGUUUCAGGGCCUCCCUCUGCUCUACCUGGAGCUGGCUAUAGGACAGAGGCUCCGCAUGGGCAGCAUCGGCGUCUGGAACUCCAUCUCACCGAUGCUGGGGGGAAUUGGAAUUGCCUCCAUGAUAGUGUCAUUCCUGGUGGGCAUUUUCUACAACACCAUCCUGGCCUGGGUGCUCUGGUACUUCUUUCACUCUUUCCAAAACCCCCUGCCCUGGAGCCAGUGCCCGCUCAAUGCUAAUCUCACAGGCUAUAAUGAGGAGUGUGUGAAGAGCACUCCAGCGAACUACUUCUGGUACCGUGAGACCCUGAACAUCACACCUGACAUCGAGACCAGCGGCUCCCUGCAAUGGUGGCUGGUCAUCUGUCUGGCCAGCGCCUGGUGUGUGGUCUACAUCUGCUUUAUCAGAGGCAUCAAGUCAAUAGGGAAGGCUGUGUAUGUGACAGCCACAUUCCCUUACCUGGUGCUGACUAUUUUCCUGAUCCGGGCUCUCACUCUGCCGGGAUCUACUGAUGGACUGGUGUACCUCUUCACUCCUGAUUGGGAGAUCCUGAAGAACCCUCAGGUGUGGCUGGACGCUGCCACUCAGAUCUUCUUCUCUCUCUCGGUGGCCUUUGGAGGUCUCAUAGCUUUCUCCAGCUAUAACGAAGAGAGGAACAACUGUGAGAGGGAUGCUGUUGUAGUAGGAGUAAUAAACAGUGCCACAUCUCUCUACGCCUCCAUUUCCAUCUUUGCCAUUCUGGGUUUUAAAGCUACAAACGGCUUCAAUUCCUGUCGCAAUGAAAACAUCAUGUCUCUGACAAACCACUUUGAGUUUUCGGACCAGAACAUAACACUGGAGAACUAUGAUGACUGGUUUGAGUAUUUAAAUCGUACAUCUCCAGAUGACUUGGCCAGUUUGAACCUAAAGCACUGUGACCUUCAAACAUUUCUUGACCAGAGCGCAUCGGGUACCGGCCUGGCUUUUAUUGUGAUCAGUGAAGCAGUGAUAGAGAUGCCAGGCUCGCAGAUAUGGGCGAUACUGUUCUUCGUCAUGCUCUUCAGCUUGGGUCUCUCCUCCAUGUUUGGCACCAUAGAGGGAGUCCUGACGCCCAUCAAUGAGCUCAAGCUAGUGCCAAAGUGGAUCCCUACUGAAGUCGUAACAGCAAUCAUCUGCUUGAUAGCCUUCUUGACGGCUCUCAUCUUCACCCUGGGCUCGGGGAACUACUGGGUGGAGGUCUUUAACAGCUACGUGGGCUCCGUACCUCUCCUCAUCAUAGCGUUCUUUGAGAUCAUUGCUGUCGCUUAUGGUCGUGGAAUGAAAACGUUCAGUGAAGACAUCUAUUUUAUGACGGGGAAGAGGCCCAACAUCUUCUGGAAGGCCUGCUGGAUGGUGAUCAGUCCGUUGAUGCUCCUGGUGGUGUUUGUUGCCUACGUGGCCAUCCAGGCACAGACGCACCCCUCAUAUCCUUCAUGGGACCCAGACUAUGAACUAUUCCCAGAAACUAAAAUGUUGAAAUAUCCAGACUGGGUGUUUGCCAUAAUCAUCCUCCUGUGUGUUCUGCCUGUGAUUUCCAUCCCUGUGGUGGCUCUCUACAAACUGAUCUGCUGCAGAAUUAAGAAGUCCUCUGCUCGAGGUGAACUAAACCCCUCCUGCAAUGACGGCUUUGAGGUUGAAACACGGGAACAGAAGAGCCAGACACCUUAAAGAAAGAUGCAGAAGUACCAACAAAAAUGGGACAUCAUGAUCAUCCUCACUGCUUUUGUGGAAUUCAUAUCUAAAUUCACUGGAGAGCUGAAAUAAUAUGUCAUACAAACCUGUAAUAUAUUGAUUUUAAGUAUUAACAUUCAUCAGGAACCGACCUGACAACUUACUUCUCACAACAAAACUGGAAAUAUUUAAUGAUACAAUUAUUGACUUUGUACAUUGUUGUGUAUUGUAAAAAAACAUUAAAUCUCUGUUAUCAGAUUCAAAUUGUUCCAGUGA